GUAGCAAACUCCCACAUUUGCAGCGGCAGCAUCAGCAGAAGCAGUAGUUUUUUCCCCGAGGAAAAUCUUCAUACAAAUCUAGAAUAUAACAGAAUUGGAACGUGCAGCUUUUUGCUUGCUUAACAAAAAAAAAAACAGUGUGUGCUUCACUAGUGCCCGUGUGUGUUUGUGUUGAAGGUGAAAAGCAUCGAAGUGACAGUCCUUUCCGUAGUUAGAGAACCGAACCGAUCGUAGUGUGCACCGAUUUGGUGUGUACAGCAGCGAACAGCCCAGUCCCAAAUCAAUCACCACCACAGCACGAAACAAUCGCGCUCAUAAAAAUGGCCACCGAAACCGAAAACAAGCCCGUCGUCGCCGGCGAGGAGGAGAAAAAGGUGGAACAGCAGGCGGGUGCGGCCGCCACCACGACCGAGGCAGCACCAGCGGCGGCCACCGGUGAUAAGGCAGCGGCGGGUGGUGGUGAAGGUGCGGCGGCCGGUGGUGAUGCGGCCGAUAAGAAGCCGGAGGAGAAACCCACCGGUGAGAAUGCACCGGCGGGCGGCGAGGGUGGCGAUGGGGCGACCAGUUCCGAUGCAGCCACCGCCCCGGCCAAAAAGGAGAAGGAGGUGAAGCCCACCGUGCACAAGGGUGUAUUCGAGAAGGAUGUGGUGUAUCUGUACCAGUUCACCCGCACACCGAUGCUACCGUCAAUUUCGCCCUUCUGCCUGAAGGUGGAGACCUGGUUGCGCCUGGCAGGGUUGAAGUAUGAGAACAUUGACCAUAAGCUGAAGCUGCGCUCGAAGAAGGGACAGCUGCCUUUCGUCGAAGUCAAUGGCGAGGAAAUCGCAGACUCGACCAUCAUCAUGCAGGAGCUGGCGACACGCUACGACAAGGACCUGGACGCCGCCCUGACCCAGGAGCAGCGCAACAUUGCUCACGCGAUGAUCUCGAUGCUGGAGAACCAUCUCGUCUGGGUGGUGCUGUCGUGGCGCAGCAAGAACACCGAACAGAUGCUUAAGGGCUACAAAAUAAACCUCCAGCACGCACUCGGAAGCCGUCUGCCGAACGCGCUGCUGAACUUCUUCUUCAAGUUCCAGUUCAGCCGCAAGUGUUUCCAGGGUGCUAAAAAGGUGAAAGCUCAAGGCCUGGGUGUCCACAAGCCCGAGGAGAUCGAGGAGUUCGGUCGCAAGGAUCUGAAGGUGCUGUCUGAGCUGCUGGCCGAUAAGCCGUUCUUCUUCGGUGACGAACCCACCACGCUGGAUUGUGUUGCCUUCUCCGUUUUGGCACAAAUCCACUUCAUCCUGGACGAAGUCAAGUACGGUCUGAAGGAGUUCAUGACGGAGAACUGCCCGAAUCUGGUGGGUCAUGUUUCGCGGAUCAAGGAACGUUGCUUCCCGGAUUGGGAAGAUAUUUGCACCAAGCUGGAUCUGAACGCACACAUCCCGAAACCAGAACCUGAAACCAAGGAAAACAAGGAAGGUGCUGACACGGAAAAAACCGCCGAACAGGACAAGAACGAGUCGGAAAAGGAACUCGAGAAGGACAACUCGAACGAGAAGUCCGAAAAGAAGGAAGAGCCGGAGAAGGUGGUGGAAGAAAAUAAAGAAAAAGAGGAGGCAGCCGCCAAAUAAGGUGUGGGUUUAUCGCAAUUGACCCGGUUCGGCCGCCAUGUGCAGCAGCAAAAGAAGCAUGAUGCUUUUUACACUAUUCUACUGAAGUCGUCAACUGCCAAAUAAUCAGUGUGACGUGCCCGAAACAUCCACCAGCGUCUCCUCUCGCCGAGGAGAAGCCGAUCAAAUUCCACCUACUCUUUAUGCAAGGAUAUAUUAUUUUGUAGAAAAUGGAAAAUUCUUACCGAAAUACACAAACACACACACGUUGCGACGUUUUACAGCCUGCCAUCAGCGUUAUACAGCGGGUGGUACAGAGAGUGAACGGUUUAGUUUCUCUCUUUAUGUGUAACGUGCAGUGAAAUCGAGUUUAGGUUUUUCUUUGUCAAUUGUUUAUUUGAUUUUUGGCGUUUUUGUCCUUUUUUCAUUUUAUAUAAAACUGUUUUGUCUCGAUGUGUUGGAUAGUUUCUCACCGCAUGCAUAUAAAUUUCCUCAUGAAACUUCACCUUUUUACCGGGAUAGCAUAAAGAGAUGGAGGAGUAUAUUAAUUGAAUAUUAUAUAGAAAAGAUAAAAUUAAACAAAAUCAGAAAAGCAGAAAGAUUAAUACGACAUAAGUAUGCGGAACGGGAUGUGAAGACCAAAAUGCAAACGGUAUCGCAUCGCAGCAUGAGAGCAUGACGGGGGAGGAAAUAAAGGCAAUCCAAUGUGGAUGUGCUGUUUAGAAGAGAAUGUGCCAGCAUGAUAAUGAAAACCACAGGUAUGAAAAUGAAGAAAAAAAAACGCAGUAGAAAAGCAACAUAAGAGAUAAACAGGAAGAUAGAGAAGGAA